ACCGACGCGCAACAAGGAGCCAGUCGGGUCGGUGGUGGUCUCAUAUCACGGAUUGUCUGCUUUGGCCGUCUGAGGUACACUUCAUCGAGGUUUUUAUUUUUUUCUGACCAAAGGAUUUUUUUUUUUUUAUUUCUAUUUUUUAAUCAAAACGAGAGGAAGACAGAAAACUGAAGAGGUAAAAAUAUAACAGAACUUGCCUGUCAACUUUCCAUUGAGGCCCAAACAUGACCGAGGUGGCGCAGGUUAAGACCAUUGACGCUCACGAGAUGGAAGAUGUCCAAGAUGAGCAUAACAUGAGCGGCGAAGAGGACAAAGAUGAUGAUAUGACACUUGAGGAAGAUGAUGCGACAGUCAGCGAUGCAGAGACAAGAAGUGAGAAGACACUGAAGGACGAAGUAAAACAAACAAGUGAUAAAACAAGCGACGAUGCUGAGAGUGCACACAUGAAUGGUGUGGAGCACAAAGAAAAUGGUACAGAAAAUGAGAAAAAUGAUAUAUCAGAGGCUGUUAAUGGUGACACACAGAAGGAGAAACAGGAGGAUCCACAAACUGAAACAAAUGACACCCAGGAUAUUUCUGAUGUGGCACGUAAGACAGAGAAACUCCUCAGAUCCAAGAAGCUGGUGGCUAGAAGCUACGUACCGAAGCUUAACAAGGAGAAAGGUGACGUGUCGAACAAGUUUGAGGCCAUGCAGAAGGCCAGGGAGGAGCGCAGCCGGAAGAGAAACAGCGAUGAGCAGCAGAAGAGGAAAGAGCAAUACAUCAAGGAGAGGGAAUGGAAUCGCCGGAAGCAGGAGAUAAAGGAACUGCUCGCUUCCAGUGAUGAGGAAGAGGAGGUGAAGCCUGCAAAGGUGGAGAAGUCCUAUGUUCCCAAAAUCACAGGAAGUGUGAAGGGGAAAUUUGCAGAAAUGGAGAAACAAAGACAAGAAGAGGAAAGGAAAAGGAUGGAAUCAGAAAGGAAGAAGAGAGAAGCCCAGGACAACAUGGAGAAAGCCAAAAUCAAGAAAGAAUUGGCUCAGAAAGCGAUAGAGGAAGGAGAUGACACAAUCCUGGUACGUGUGGUUCCAGCAAAAUCAUCACGGCCUCCGGGCAAAAUCAAGAUGAACUUUGAGGACAUGGAGAAGAACCGAGGGGAAGAACUCAAGAAGAAGGCAGAGGAGGAGAAGAAGAAGCAAUACGAUGAAAACAGACGCUCCUUCAGGGAAGCAAAGCGACGCUCUUUUGUUGAACAGGAUGAAGAGGAGAGGCCUUCAGAAAAGGUGUCAGUCACUCCUGGGAAGCUGAAACUGACUUUUGAGGAGCUGGAGAAGGAAAGGCAGGAGCAGAGGAAGCAGCAGGCUGAGGAUGAAGCCAAACGUCGCCUGAUAGAGGAGAAGAAAGCCUUUGAGGAGGCCAGGCUGGGAAUGGGAGAGGAUGAGGACAGCAGCCAGCCAGUUCAGGAAGACAACGAGGACUUCCGCCCUGGAAAACUGAGAAUGAGCUUUGAAGAGCUAGAAAGGCAAAGGGUGGAAGAAGAGCGCAAGAAAGCAGAGGAGGAGGCCAAGAGGCGAAUGGUGGAGGAGAGAAGAGCUUUUGCUGAAGCCAGGAAGAGCAUGCUUGUAGAAGAGGAUGAUGAGGCACUGAUGGCCUUGGUGAACCUGGAGGGCAGCAAACCUGGGAAGAUAUGCGUCAGCUUCGAGGACCUGGAGCGAAACAGGCGAGAGGAGGAGCAGCGGAAGAAAGAGGAGGAGGCCAAGAGGAGACUGGAAGAGGAAAAGAGGCUCUUCGCUGAGGCCCGAAAGAACAUGAACCUGGGGCUGGAUCAGGAAAACUCUGGACAUGAAACAGUGUUAGAUGAUGACGAUGAUGAAAGUUUGGUGAAGAGUGAGUCUCAGGAAGCGCUAUACCCCAGAAGGCUGGAGAUGAACUUUGAGGAGCUGCUAAAGGAGAAGGAGGAAACCGAGAGAAGACGCAAAGCAGAGGAGCGCAAGAAGAAAAUGGAGCAGGAGAAGCAGGAAUAUGAACAACUCAAACAAGAGAUGGGCGAGGAUGAAGUAAAUGAAAGCUCUGAUACUGUAAGCAAAGAAUACGAGGAGCUAACAAAGCUAAAGCGAACCGGCUCCAUUCAGGCCAAACAUCUCAAGUCCAAGUUUGAGAAGAUCAAGGAGCUGAGGGAGGAGGAGAUUCAGAAAAAAAUUGGGAUGGAGCGAGAACGGAGGAAGGCCGUUGAUGAUGAGAUUAAACUGAGAGAAGCAGAGAGAUUCCAGCUGGAGGAGGAGGAAGGAGAAACCACUCCAGUGAGGUCUGAGGAGUCACCUUUUAAACAUAAGGUGGACAUGCGAGCCCGAUUUGAACAAAUGGCCAAAGCCAGAGAGGAAGAGGAACGGAGAAGGGUAGAGGAGCAGAAGCUGCAGAGAAUGCAGUUUGAGCAGCAGGAGAUAGAUGCUGCCCUCCAGAAGAAAAAAGAGGAUGAGGGGGAGGACGAGGGGAGCAUUGUCAAUGGCUCUGCGGCUUAUGAAGAUGAGGAAGAUCAUGCCAGGUCAGGGGCUCCAUGGUUUAAAAAGCCCCUUAAGAAUCAGUCGGUGGUGGAUACGGAGCCAGUUCGGUUCACCGUUAAGAUCACUGGGGAGCCAAAGCCGGAGGUGACAUGGUGGUUUGAAGGAGAGAUGCUCCAGGACUGUGAGGACUAUCAGUACAUUGAAAGAGGAGAGACAUCCUGCCUGUACCUGCCGGAGACCUUCCCAGAGGAUGAGGGAGAGUACAUGUGCAAGGCUGUGAACAGCAGAGGCACAGCAGCAAGUACAUGUAUCCUCACAAUUGAAACUUAUGACUACUGACGCCCUUCCACAUUAUGGAGAUUUCCACUGUUGUCUUCCACUUCUUUUAUAAAACAUUGUCCCUCAUGCUAUGGUCAGACAGUAGAGGGGGGGGAACCUAUGCUGAGCAUUCCCAAGGGAGGAAUACACAGCACACAUAGACACAAACUACAAUUGUAGAUGUUGUUUACGUAUUGUUUAGUCAUCAAGUUGCGCUCCCUGCCAGAACAUUGGAUGAAUGUGCCAAAACAGAGAUGACUCUUGUUCCCACGCCAAUGGUUGCACUAAACUUUGGGAGAAUCUUUGCUGCAAGGCCAGAACAACACUUGUGAUGCCAUUAAUCUAGAAGUGUGUUGCAGCUCUGUAAAUAUCACACUUCAUGUGUUGCGAUUAGUAAGAAUGUAUGAUGUUGACAUCAUCAAUAUAAUUUAAUAAUAUAAAUUUAAAAAAUCAUUCAUAUAAUCUGGGAGCUUUACCACUUCUCAGCAUAGUUUGCAUUAAUCAGUAUGUUUUUGUAGUCUGUGGUCCAUGCCUGGUAUUAUUGGGGGAUAACUCUUUCAGUGGUCAUUAAAGGUACGGUUGACUCUGAUAUGGCAGGAACAAAAACAUGAGUUCAUCACGAUUUUCAUGUGCAACACCUAAAAACUUUUUUUUUUUAUGCACCUACCCUAUUUUUCUUUUUUGGCCUAGGCAUAAUACUGAUGGUACAAUUGUCCAGGGCAACCUGAUACUUGUUUGAUUAUGAAUACUGAGUAGGUUAGUCUUGAAUGUUUGUCAUUUACUAUAAAUAGAAAACAUGUUUUAAUAAAAUGAACUAAACUAUUA